AAAGAAGAGGGAGACGCGUUCAGAGUGAAAGAGGAGGAGGGGGAGAUGACUGUCGCAGUGAAAGAAGAGGAAGACAUUUUUGGAAUAAAGGAAGAGGGGGAGAUUACUGUCACAUUGGAAGAAGAAGAAGAGACUGGAGAUCUGAUUAACAACAGAGAGAGACCAGACUCUCCCUCUGAGAGCGGGAAGAGUCCUUCAGGGGAACCAGACCCAGAGACGCCCAAUCCAGCGAUGCGACACCACUGCUCCCAGUGUAAUAUGGGUUUUAAGUGGUUAUGGAAGCUAAAAGAGCAUGAAAGGAAACACACAGGAGAAAAGCCCUUCCAAUGCUCCCAGUGUGGAAAGAGAUUCUCACGAUCACAUGACCUAAAAUCACAUGAGAGGACACACACAGGGGAAAAACCACACAGUUGCUCCCAGUGUGGAAAGCUUUUUUCCCAUUUAGGGAACCUGAACAAACAUAAGAGAAUACACUCUGGAGAGAAGCCUUACUCCUGUUCCCAUUGUGGAAAGAAUUUUAGGUUGUCAGAUAACCUGAAGUCGCAUGAGAGGACACACACAGGGGAGAAACCUUACCAUUGCUCCCUGUGUGGAAAGGAUUUACCAAGUUAG